AUGGCUCUCGUCUCGACAGUCCAUUCAGCCGACCCCGUGACACUAAAUGCCGAAAUAUCGCAAGCGAUGGUUAGUUUAGCGACGAGCCUCAAAGUGCCGUCGACGUUCGGGUGGUUGGCGGCGCGGCAAUGCAACUCCGCGACUGGAUGGCUCGGAGUCACGUGCGACGCCGACGGUCACCCCGUUUCCAUAUCGUUCAACAAGCCCACGUGGACGGGCGGGUCGCUGCACACGUCUGUCGGCACCCUCAGCCGUCUGGAAGCCUUGUUGCUCAACAACUUGGACAUGACUGGCAGCAUUCCCACGGAAGUCGGGCGCCUGGCGAGCCUGACCUCGCUCGCGCUCAACGGACUCGCUCUUUCGGGCCCCAUCCCCUCUAGUCUCGGCGGCCUCACCAAUCUCGCGAAUCUCAACAUCACGGGGGGCGCGCUAUCCGGGCAGAUCCCCGCGGAGCUGGGGCAGUUGUCGCGCCUGCAGCUGCUCAGUGUGGGCUCCGCCGCGCCCUUCAACCGCCUCUCCGCCAUCAACGGCGGCAUUCCCGAGGCGCUCUGCGACCUCGCGCCGCUCCAGUACCUCAACCUGGGCUUUAACCGUCUGCAGGGCUCGCUGCCGCUCUGCCUCAGCCAGCUCACCAACCUCUUCUAUUUAGCCGCGCCAAGCAACACACUCUCUGACGACAUCCCACCCGAAAUCGCCGCCCUGCUGCACCUUUUCGAAGUUGACCUAUCUAACAACCUCUUCACCGGUCCAUUCCCAUCCUUCUCAACCGAGCUCAACACCCUCACACUCUCCAAGAACCUUCUCUCGGGCCCGCUCCCCCCCGCCCUCCCUCCUCUCCUCACCUCCCUCGCAAUCAACACCAACUACUUCACAGGAAACCUCCCCCUCUUCUUCCCUCUCAAUCUCACCUACAUCGACCUCUCCGAUAACUAUUUCACCGGAAUCGCAAACGUGUUCGUCGGAACCAGUCUCUUCUACGCCUUCCCUGUGCGAUGCGCCGCACUCGGUGCCGCGCUUUCCAAAAACUGCUUCUCAGAGUCAUCUAAAUGCACGGGGCCGGAAGCGCAGCGAAACAGCACCAUGUGCAAGGCCGCCUGCGGAACAGGAGUGUGGGAACCACUGGUCAAGGGGAAGAGUCAGUGCCAGGGGUAUGGCACCUGCUACCCCUCCAUCCCCACAACCACCACCACUGUCGCCACCUCUCAGGCCCUAUCCCCCCCCACAACGUCCACCGUCAAACGCCCCAAGCUCGCCCCUGGGGGCCUCCCUCCUGCGUGGACCUGCGCGUGCGAUGCGAACGCGGUGAAUGUGCCGAAUAGAGAUGAUGCGUGCACGUGCAAGGUCAAGAAAUCCUGGCCGUGCGCUGGGAAAGGGAAGAUCAACGGCGGAUGCCCUCAAUAUGCCCGCUGCUACCCGUACUACUUCUCGUGUCGCGGCGUGGGUUGCUUCUGUCUCAGCGGGGUUCUCAAACUUAGUGACUGGCUGGCUCUAGAGUUGGAGCUGUUUCAUAAUACGGCAAUAGUUACAGGGAAAUAUAAGCAACGGUAUGGAGUUGCCUGA